CUUCAAUAAUUUUUUUUGAUAAGCUUCUUCUUCAAUCAACACCUGGUUUUCCUCCUCCACGUGUAGUAUCAGCACAAAGCGGUCCUCUUCAUCAUGAUGUGAUGAUUUCACGAGUGUGCAGUGAAAUUAGCAUCCUACCUUCCUAUUCUCUUCAGCUAUAAAAAAAAAAAGAAUUUUGUCUCUCACACUCACAAAACUCACAAGAGUUUCAAGUACACUCCACAGUACAGUAGUCUCUGUCUCUCUCGUCUCAAAAAAAAAAAAAAAAAAAAAAAAUGGUGCCUCUUUCUCUCUCCUCACCGCCGUUCACAACUUUCCCUCUAAACUACAACUACAACAACAAGAACAAGAACAACAAGGCCUUUCUCUUCAUCAAUGGCGCUCAAAGCUCUACCUCACUCGCCGCCUACUACAAUCCCCUCAGCCUCAGAUUAUCUUCGGUGGGAAUGGCGAUGAAGAAGAAGCAGAAGAAGACAGGAUUUGGUACGGUUUGUUAUGCUUCUCCUAUCACUACUCGUAAUCUGCAGUUUAUCUCCACUGUUUCUUCCUUGGUGUUAAUUUUUGCCAAGGGAACUGCCAUUCAGAAAUCCUUUCUUGUUCCCUUGUUUGCUCUACAAGCUCCAGUAGCUGUCGUCUCAUGGAUUAAGGGUGAAUAUGGUUUGUGGACUGCAUUCUUGGCACUUCUCAUUCGUCUCUUCCUCUUCAUUCCUGGUGAGCUUGAGCUGCCGUUUUUAGCAUUAAUACUGCUGAUUGUGGCUCCCUAUCAAGUUAUGGACUUUCGGGGAACUCAGCAAGGUGCUAUUGUUUCCUUGUUGAUUGCGGGAUAUUUGGCUUUCCAGCAUUUCUCAAGAGCAGGCAGCUUGCAGAAAUCAAUUGAGCAAGGUUCAAUCAUAGCUACCUUAGCCAUCGUUUGCACCACUGCUGUGUCAUUAUUACUUUUGAUCUGAGUUUUUCUUUCUCCAAAAUCAUAAAUAAGAACAGACUUUAAGUCAUCUCUUAAUUAUUGAAAUAAUUUCUUUCUUUUUAAUUGAGAAGGGGGGGGGGGGGGUGUUAUAAAGUAACAGUAAUUAUAUUUUAUGUAUCUUUCUUUCUCUUGUUAGCUGUCUGUGUAAUAUCCUUAAUAAGGACAGUAAAUGUUGAAUGUGUAGUUGUAUUUUGUAAAUGAAGUAUCUAUGACUGGUGUGGUCUUGCCUCUA